GUUAGUUCGAUCGUGUGAAGGAAGGUGUACUAUUUGCCCUGAUUCAAAUAUGAUCGAGUGACUGGCACCAAUAUGACUCUGUCGCAGGGCAGAACCUUGCAAGUUGGGUUGUGGGCGUUGUUGGUGUCAGCGCCAAUAAUCUCCGCCGGAAUAGCCUGUCUUAGCAACCCUUGCUUACACGGCAUUUGUAUUGAUGAUAUUAAUAGCACGUAUUCGUGCUACUGCGUAGACGGCUACACUGGAGUCCAAUGUCAGACAAACUGGGACGAGUGCUGGUCGGACCCAUGCCAAAAUGGAGGCACGUGUCUUGACGGUAUCGCUUCCUACAACUGCUCCUGUCCUGAGGGCUUCAUUGGAGACAACUGUGAGACGAACUACAACGAAUGUGAGUCGAAUCCUUGCCAAAACAAUGGAACAUGCAUUGAUAUGACUAAUGGCUAUGUUUGCUCCUGCAUUCCUGGUUUCUCUGGCGAACAUUGUGAAUUCGACGUCGCUGUAUGUAACACAACUGAAGAAGUACGUUGUUAUAACGGUGGUGAAUGCAUUGAAGGGCCGGGUUACAAGUUUUAUUGCAAAUGUGCACCAGGUUGGACAGGCCGAAAAUGUGAAGAUCAAAUCGAUGAAUGUGAAUCAAAUCCUUGUCAAAAUAGCGGAGUUUGCAUUGACAUACAUGCCGAUUACAUGUGCGCAUGCACCUACGGCUUCACAGGAAAGAGUUGUGAAGUUCAAAUAGAAUUUUGCGAAACAAAUGCAUGCAGUGACAAUGCGCUUUGCGUAGUAGAAGAUGGUUUACGUGUUUGCUACUGUGUGCCUGAUUUCCACGGAGAACGCUGCGAACUGCAAUACGAUGAGUGUCUGUUGGGACCCCGAUGUAUGAAUGGCGGCACAUGUAUUGAUGGUGUAGAUAAUUUCACAUGUAGCUGUCCCCCUAUGCUGACCGGGCCUUUGUGCGAAUGUUUAAUACUAGAAGAUGGAAAUUUCGAUUGCCAAUACAUCAGCUCAACAUCUCGACCUGAGUCAACAUUAACUGCUUUCUUUACCACAUUCUCAACUGAAUUAACUUCGUCUGAAAUGAUAACUACGACGUACUCGGGAUAUAACGACACUAUUCCUAGAACAAUUACUACUGUUACUGAAAAUGAAACUUUAGUAACUACCACCUUAAGUGGUGAAUCAACUACCACAGAAAGUACUGAAACAACUACAGAUCAAACUCCAUUUGAAAGAUUUUCAACUGUAAUCGAAAAUAAAGAUACAACUUUCACCACAGUUGUAACUACAACAGUAAAAGAAGAAGAAACGGAAACUGAACAAAGUAUUACUAGAGAAACAAUUAGUUCUGAAGAUUCCAGAACAGAAACUACUACUGAGUUUGCGCUUCAAUCUAGCGAAAAAUCGACUUUAUUCACUAUUAUAACGCCAACCGCAACCCCAGAAGAAACUACCACUUUAUAUUUCAACGAAACUGUAUCAACAGACACAAUUACCAUGAUAACAAAAGAAACGUUUCCAAUAACAGACAGUACUACUCCGGCAACAGCGUCAUUACCAAGUACUAAAAUAGAUAUGAUAACGGAAAAAAUUUUCACAGAAUCCCCAACCGAGCAUGUAGUUACAGAUGUCUCUAUGUUAGCUACAGUUUCUACAACAGAAGCAAUAGAACUUACUACGACGUUUGAUAAUAACACUUAUGCAUUUACUACUGCAGAAUCUGAAUGCACCGACAACCUUUGUAACGAUCACGGCACAUGUGCUAAUACUCUUCAUGGUAUUCGAUGUCACUGUGCCUUUAAUUACGGGGGAAGAUUUUGCGAAAACAAAAUUUCCAUAACUGCUGCAGCUUUCGGUGAAAACACUUUCAUAACUCACAAGUUAGAUAACACGACAUUAAUCAACGUAACAUUUAAUGCCAAAACAUUUAUCAGUGAUGCUCAGAUUAUGCAUGUGGAUAUUGCGAAAGAAGUUUAUAUGCAAUUAUAUAUAAUUUCUGGUUUGUUAAAGUUCAAGUUUUCCUGUGGCUAUCAAACCAUGCUUCUAAGUGAGCUGAAUACAUAUGUAAAUAAAGGAUAUCUGAUGAAGAUUGAAACCAGUUUGGAUUUACAUCCAAAGGAGCAAUACUGCAAUGCGACUCUUCGCCUUAAUGACACAGUUGCCAUGAGCGGAGGGCAAGUGGCCAACAUCAGCUCCUUGGAUCAUAAUGCGACACUUCACUUGGGAAACUCGCCUGAGAUUCGAGACACUGACCACAAACCGUUUAUUGGAUGCAUUGCGGACUUUAUGGUAAACGGAGAACAACGCGAAGUAUUCGGAGACGCAAUUCACGCAACCGAAGUAACUGAAUGCUUAUCACUGUCCUGCUUAUCAAACCCUUGCCAUAAUGGAGGUUCUUGUAGCGACCAUGGCGACAAUUAUACUUGUUCUUGUACAAAUGGUUGGAUGGGGCAGCAUUGCAAUAUAUCAGUGUGCGAACAUAAUCCUUGCCAAUCAGGCGGCAGUUGUAUCCGACAUCCUGGAAGUGGUUUCCUAUGUCUUUGUCCCUACGGAAAAUACGGGAUCUUCUGUGAAUACAAUGUGGAAAUAACUCGUCCCUCUCUUGCUCCUAUUAGCACUGGAAUAUCUUCAUACCUUAUGUACCCCUUAUCUCCAUCUGCUAUAAAUUCCGACCGCUUCGACCUUCGACUGCGUUUUCAAAUGGCCGAUAUGGAUCAAAUUGCACUAUUGGCCUUUGUUGGACAGAAUGGAAAACACGACUCAGGAAGCCAACACAUGGCGUUGACUUUUGUGAAAGGCUACAUUAUGCUUACGUGGAAUAUGGGAAUGGGGCCUCGAAGAAUUUUCACAUCCCGAGCGCUGAGCCCUCGACGAGGAGGUCACACAGUACGAAUGUGGAGACGCGGCCGAAACGGUGGUUUCAAUGUGGAUGGCCGUCACAAUGUUUCUGGCAAUGCUCCAGCUAGCGGCACUAAGAUGACACUCCUGCCAUACAUUUAUAUUGGAGGUCAUCCAUCCGAGGAUUUUAAAGACCUUCCUCAUGACCUACCUUUACAUAACGGCUGGAGAGGUUGCAUCUGGGAGAUUGGUGGGCAAGCGGUAGGAUCGGGUAAAGCUGUUGGAGGCCGGGGAGUCGGACAAUGCGGGGUUGCACAAUGCACAUCUAAAUCUUGCAAUGCUCCAAAAGGUGUCUGUAUACAUUCACCUGCUACUUACGGGUGCAUUUGCAACGAAGGGUGGUUCGGAGCUACCUGUUCUACAAUGAAGAGCCCAUGCGAUCCCUCUGUUACGCGAUGCAAGGGUCACUGUGUGAUCACUGCUGAUCGAAAUUCUCAAUGCGAUUGCCCUUAUGGAAAAACAGGCAUUAAUUGUGAUGAAGGUAUCAUUGUUUUUAUGAUUCCAGACAUCACACCAACAGAUGUUCUGUUCACUGGCGUGCGAUCAUACGUACAGCUACACCCGCGUCCUAUCAGCAGUGUGAGCCUGUCUCUCGAAACAGAGAUCAAGCCGACCAAAGAACGUGGCCUGAUACUCUUCACUCAAACACCGCAUUUCUACACUGCGCUUUCUUUACAAGGUGGCUUGUUGGAGUACCGUUGGACUGAUCGUCUAUCAGGAAUGACGUCUCUAGUCCGCAGCAGUGUUGUUUUAACCAUGACGCAAUGGCAUAGCGUGAAGGCUGGUCGUUAUGGCAGCCGCCUCUACGUUUGGGUCGACGGUUCCCUCAGUACAGAGGCCAUGUUGGCUCAUGCUUACCCUCAUACUCAGACCAAUGCUUCUAUUGACGUGGCACCAAAGAUUUAUCUCAAUUACCUUUCGAUGUGAUGUCUGGACCUCCGGAAUCAUUCAGUGGCUGCGCACGUGGUCUGCAUGUUAAUAAUGUCGUACUACCUCUAGAGCAGCGAAAUAUUCAAGACGGCCAAAAUUUGGGUGAUUGUGACGGUACACCAUGUGGGUCUGAAACCUGCAGCGGGGGCUCUUGCAUCGUCGAGAACGGUCGCGCACGGUGCU